UGGGCGGUGUCAGACGUCAACGGAAACGGAAGUGAAUGAAUGAAACGAUGGCGAUAGGUAACCUGUAACGUCUCCGUGCAACUGGGACGAGGUCAGAGUGAGUUUAGUUUUCACACUUUGUGGCUAUUUUGUCCAAACUACGUCUUUAACAACUGCCUUCAACGAGUACAUUACGUGCUGACGUUAGAAAGAAUAAACAUUAGCCUGACGGUGACUAUUAUAACUGCUGUAACGGUGACGUUUGUAAGCACGUCAGCUGGAAGUACCGCUGGAUAAAUUAACUGUAAGCCUGUACGCCCUCCCAGACCACCCUACUUUUGACACACAAUGAGACAGUUUAGCCUCGCUCUCCUCCGCCACAUCUCCUCAUCCACUGCCCCCGCACUCACCGGGACGUGCCGCCUUCACAGAAGGCACUGCUUCAAUGCUUCACGCCCUCAGUACCGGAGCAUCGUCCCGCCUCACAGCUGCCAGCACACACGGACUGAAAGCACAGCAGCCAGCCAGCACAUACAGGACCUGAGUGGGCCUGAGCAGAGACUGCUGAAUAAACUUUAUGACGGGCUGAUCGGAGGACAGCGGGCGUCUUUGGCAGAGUGCAUCACUUUGGUGGAGACCCAGCAUCCCAGAAAGAAAGAGCUGGCCCAGGUGCUGCUGCAGAGGGUCCUGGCUUACAGGAGGGAGCAGGAGAGCCGUAAUGGAGGGAAGCCAGUGGCCUUCAGAGUAGGUCUGUCUGGACCCCCCGGAGCAGGAAAGUCCUCCUUCAUCGAGGUGGUGGGGAAGAUGUUGACAGGACGUGGACAUAAAGUUGCAGUGCUGGCUGUCGACCCAUCCUCCUGCACCACUGGGGGGUCUCUGAUGGGCGAUAAGACUCGUAUGACUGAGCUCUCAAGAGACAUGAACGCCUUCAUCAGGCCAUCGCCGACCUCAGGAACACUCGGAGGUGUCACCAGAACAACCAACGAGGCCAUUGUUCUCUGUGAGGGAGCAGGUUACGACAUCAUCCUUGUGGAGACUGUAGGAGUCGGCCAGUCAGAGUUCGCAGUAGCAGACAUGGUUGACAUGUUUGUGUUGCUGAUUCCACCAGCAGGGGGCGAUGAACUCCAGGGCAUCAAGAGGGGCAUAAUCGAAAGGGCCGAGUUGGUCGUGGUGACAAAGUCAGACGGAGACCUGGUGGUGCCGGCCAGGAGGAUCCAGGCGGAAUACACCAGCGCACUCAAACUGCUCAGGAGACAGUCCAAAUCCUGGAACCCUAAGGUGGUGCGGGCUUCCUCACAAACCUUCGAGGGCAUCCCAGAGGUCUGGGCCAAGAUGGAGGCAUACCGGGAGGCCACGCUGGCCAGCGGUGAGCUGCAGGGCAGGCGGACGGCCCAGCAGAAGGUGUGGAUGUGGAGUCUGAUCCAGGAGAGCGUCCUGUGCCAUUUCCAAAAUCACCCCGGUGUCAGAGAAGCUCUACCCCACCUCGAGGAGAGGGUCACCAAAGGAGCCAUCUCUCCAGGACUGGCUGCUGACCUGCUUCUCAGAGCCUUUUCUUCAUCCUCUUCAUCACAGUAAUCACUGGGACUGCACUGUCAGAUAAGGAACAGAUAGCUGAUCAGGGUCACUCACUGAAAAGGAGAGCGAGAAAAUGACCUUGGCUCUGCGGUUUGCACAAAAAGACUCGAUCUCUGCUCUUUUAACACACGAUUUAAAAAUUUAAAUACGUGAGAGUCACCCCCCGUCUACAGAGGCUUCGCUUUCUGAUUGCUUUCAUCCAAGUCACAAGAGCAGGAAGAGCGCUGACAGUCGUCAUUUCUCGUCAGCGGCUUCGAGACGCACUCGCGUUUUGCAAAAAUGAGACGCGUUUUAUUUGAGCUGCGAGAUGUGAAACGCGGAAGCGACCGUCUCUUUUGGACACUACGGACAAGUUUUAACGAGAUCAGUGAAGGAGGAUUCAAAAGUCGUGUGGUUGCAGUUGAAGAAUAGUUUGAGCGGUAUCUUUCACUAUUAUGAACGGCGUGUUACAGUAAAGCUGUGACUCGUUCCUCACGAUCAGUAAUACCAGUAAUAACAGCCUAUUUGUGAGCCACAAAGCGUCAAUGAAAGGAUCGGGCUUGGGUAGAAUCGAUUUAGUUAGGGCCCCGUGUUUCUGUUGCUGAACUACUGAAGAUGUUGCUCUAAUAACAGUUUUUCCUCAGGAAAGCAUCGAGGCUUUGAAUCUGUGUUUUUCUUUUUUUGUUUGUUUUUUAAUCCACUGUUUGGUUUCUAUUAAAGAACAAUUUGAAUCUUAA